CAGUUCUCCCUCUCGUUAAUGAUGAAGAAUCUCUCGUGAUUCUUAAGAUUAUAAAUGUGUAUUCUGAUAAUGAGUUAACUCUGUAUUUUAUUGGGCAUAAUAGCGUUGAUUUUGCGUAAUUACAGUGUCAUUAAAAUGUUUAUAAAACAUAUGCAUAACCUUGUUUGAUAGAUAGCUAGUUUAUGAAGCCUUUAUGCGCAGGUUAGCGUUUUUUGUCAUGAAUCUUGUUCUGGAGGCAGCUGUGCACACUGGUCACUAGCUGGCACAGCCACAAAGUCAUAAAAUCGGAUUUGAAACCUAACCGUAGCCACACUAAUACUUAACCCUAAACUUAAAUUGUUUGUUUUCAUGAAUUUUUACAGUAUAGCCAAUUUUGACUUUGCAGCUGGCCUAAGGGGAAAUCGCUCAGUUCUGCCACCAGGACAAGACUCAUGACAAUAAACGUACACCUUGUCUUUAGGCAAUACGGAAGUGGUGGUCUUUGUUGCACAUUGGAGCUCAUUAUGAGGUAAUCUUCAUGCCUUUGUCUUGGCUACCGCUAUGUCCAUACAACAUGUCAGGUGGUCUGUAAUGGGUGAAUGUUGACAUGUUGAAUACGCAGGAAAGACUGAGAAAAGACUUCAGAAACGUCCCCAAUACAGUAUUACCAAAUAGAUUGGCAUAUGGCGUUUCUUUAUGGCUGGGAAAAUUUACACAAAUUGACACAAUGUGUCAUAUCUCUGGAGGCAGGAGCCAAGGUAAUGUGAGUGGUCUAUAAGGAUUGGGUGUUGUCUUCCGUAAGACUCAUCUUUUCAAUGUAUGUAUGGUGGGUGGGUGGUAGCCACAAUGCAAACACUAGGGCCUAGAACAGGAAGUAACACUGUUCCUAAUCCUGACAGAACAAGUUAUGUAAUGAGCUCUGAUGAGAUACCAACCAGACAUGAUAGGGUAUUACCAUUGUACAUAUUAAUACAGUGUACUAAAAGGUUACUAGAUCGUGUCAAGAUCCUACAAUAUCCUCCUAAGACCCAGCUGAUGAGCAACUUUACUACAACAUGAGCUAUUACUGUGUUAAAGAGGCAAUCUGCAGUUUAUUACUUUUUUUACUUAUACUGUAUAGCAUUACAUUGUAUUGCCUCAUGGUUAAAAUUAUAAUGUUGAUAUCAUGGAUGGUCAGUCCUUGCAUCCAUAGCGCUGUCUAUGAAUUUAAGAGUGGUUACAUUUCUCCAGCCCCAUCCCUCAGCUUUAUACCGAAACAGUGGCGGGGAAAGGCUUUGUUCUUGUUUCAACUGCUGAUUUCCCCUUUAAAGACCCAGUAACUUGACUAAUUUAGUCACCUACAACGUAGUCCAGAUAACAUUAGGCUAUUUCCUCUCCACCGAGCUUGGUUCACGUCAGAACACAAAGGGAGACAGACACACAGGGGGCCUUUGGACUGUGUUGCAGGUCACAGCUCUUGUAGCGUCAUCAGAUCGGUGGUGAGUGCUCAACACGCGUGCCUCCGCUGAACAGGAUACUCUCCAUGGGGUGGCAGUAAGGCUGUCGUCUCACUCGCCCUGGCAAGCGGUUCACAGAAUGUGUUUAAAGCUAUACGCCUACUUAACUAACAACCGUUUUCCAAAACCAAAACCAAAUAUCUUAGGGGUGAGAUAGGAAUGAAAUGAAGUCCUCUGUCUGCCCAUAAUGGUUGCUCUGGAGACUCUAUGCUUUAUGAACCUGUAGAAUCCACUGUAAUGGCCGACAUUGUCAAUGAAACAUGAAAAGAGGCCUCAAUGAGCCCACAUGCUCCCAGUGACGCACCAGGUAGGCUACUGCUCUUUGUCUUCUACAGUAUACAGCCAGUUUAUGGAGCGCAGCAUCCUCCACUCGACCCCAGAAUACACCGCACGUUUCCUAAAGACACUCCUAAGGGAAACAAUCUCAAGUCUAAAAAGGCGUCUAGUUUCCACGAAUUUGCCCGUAGCACCAACGAUGCCUGGGACAUUGAUGAGGAGGAGGAUGAGGACUUCUUAGCUCCCAUUCACCCUUCAUCUCUCCCGCCCACCCUGCACUCCCCGCACCAGGUGCCUCCUCUUCCUUCACAACAACCCAGUGACACCACCAGGGAGCUAGACACAGGGCCAGGGCCUGCAGACCAGCUGGCUCCCCCAACAGCAGAGGUCUGUCUUCAGCAGGAGGAGAACACAGACUGUGGACAGAUCAAUGGCAGAGUGGUGGUGAAGUCCAGCAGUGAGGCCCUGCUCAAUACCAAUACAGUUUCCUCCACAGUGCGCUCCACCCUGCAGAAGCAACAGUCUCUCCCAGUUCGUCCUAUCAUCCCGUUAGUCGCCAGAAUCUCUGACCAAAACUCCUCGGGGGCCCCAAUCAUGACAGUGCGAGACAAGAGCCGAUUGGACAAAUUCAAAUACCUUCUGUCCUGUCCUAACACCGACCUCGAGGCGCUCCGGAAGCACAGCUGGUCAGGCAUUCCACGAGAAGUGAGGCCCAUCACAUGGAGGCUCCUCUCUGGUUACCUCCCAGCCAACAUGGAGCGCAGAGAUCUGGUGCUGAUGAGGAAGAGAGAUGAGUACUUUGGCUUCAUUGAACAGUAUUACCACUCCAGGACAGACGAGACUUACAAAGACACAUAUAGACAGAUCCACAUUGAUAUUCCGAGGACAAACCCGCUAAUUCCACUCUUCCAGCAGCCCACGGUGCAAGAGGUGUUUGAACGGAUCCUCUUCAUCUGGGCUAUCCGCCAUCCAGCCAGUGGCUAUGUCCAGGGAAUCAACGACUUGGUCACUCCAUUCUUUGUGGUCUUCCUCUCCGAAUUUGUGGAGGAGGAUGUGGAGAAUUUUGACGUAGCGUCCCUGCCUCUUGACACCCAGAGGAACAUUGAGGCAGACAGCUUCUGGUGCAUGACCAAGCUGCUGGAUGGAAUACAGGACAACUACACCUUUGCUCAGCCAGGGAUUCAGAACAAAGUGAAAGCUUUGGAAGAAUUGGUUAGCAGAAUCGAUGAGGACAUACACAACUACUUUAAGAGGUAUGAGGUGGAGUACCUGCAGUUUGCUUUCCGCUGGAUGAACAACCUGCUGAUGAGAGAACUGCCUCUGCGCUGCACCAUCCGCCUCUGGGACACCUAUCAGGCUGAGCAAGAGGGCUUCUCCCACUUCCACCUGUACGUCUGUGCUGCUUUCCUGAUCGAGUGGCGCAAAGAGAUCCUCUCAAUGGUCGAUUUUCAGGGUCUUCUCAUGUUACUCCAAAACCUUCCCACAAUCCACUGGGGGAACGAGGAAGUGGGCCUUCUCCUGGCUGAAGCAUACAGACUCAAGUACAUGUUUGCUGAUGCGCCCAAUCACUACAAGAGAUAGGCCUCUAUGCAACGUUGUAAAACUGAUUCUGAUAUACUGUUAGGAGGAAUGUAGGGGUUUAUUUCCCUCUCUGAUAUGACUGACAGACAUAGAGCUUGCACACAGGUACAGAAUAAUUCACUCAAAAUGGGAACCCUGAACCCUAUUUCUACAAUAUUUUUCUUGUUAAGACUUUGUAUUGCCAAGUUUCAUUCCACUGAAACUGCAGCGUAUUAUCUCAGAGCCACUGGCUUCGACAUCUUAAUAGUAGUCUGUUACAAUUCAUCGAGAAGGGUCUGGUCAUAAAACACAGCUAACCCUUUAACCUAACUCCUAAACUUAACCAUAACCUUAUGUGAGUUCUGGUAUUGGAACUCUAUACUGUUCUGGUAUUGGAACUCUAUACUGUUCUGGUAUUGGAACUCUAUACUGUUCUGGUAUUGGAACUCUAUACUGUUCUGGUAUUGGAACUCUAUACUGUUCUGGUAUUGGAACUCUAUACUGUUCUGGUAUUGGAACUCUAUACUGUUCUGGUAUUGGAACUCUAUACUGUUCUGGUAUUGGAACUCUAUACUGUUCUGGUAUUGGAACUCUAUACUGUACUACAUAAAUUAAUGGUAUUUUAAUCUGGAGGGGAUAAAUACUUGGCCAUGGCCUUUUAAAUUCAAAUUCAUACUGGCAUUAAUCAGCAUUGAAUGUCUCAGAAGUUUUAACAUACACUGGAAAGCACUCUGAAUGGAUGAUUAAUGUUUACGUGAUCAUCGUUCAAGUUUCAGAGCGAAUAUAUUUGAGUUAUGUUGUUUAUCCUUUUUAUCUAACAGAGUUCUGUGGUAAAGCUAGCCCACAUAUUUUACUGCUUAUUUCCCCCCAUAUGUUCUCUUCAUGGAUAUAUAGAGUCCACUAAAAGGCCAGUCUGAAUAUCUACUGAAGAAAUGGUACAAUGUAGUACAACAUGGUACAGGAUGUGCCACAGCUGUUACUAAUAGCCACUCUGUAUACCAGGAAUAGGUACUCUAUUUCAGGGCUUAUCUAUAGUGGUGCCAUAUUGAAUCCCAAGGCCUCAAUGAGAAUAGGAUGAGAAUGGGGACCUUCUAUUUUUUUGAUGGUGUAUUAUUGUGAAGUUUCCCCCCUUCUUUAAGUUUGCACUUGUGCAGUUAAUCUGGAUCUAGGUUAACGUUUAUCUCAACUGAUUACUAGCUAUUUUGCUUUGUAAUUCUCAAGCUUAAUUUUCACAUUCAGAUUAGUCACACUUUCUUUUUAGAUUAUUUAAAACUGUGGCACAUAUGAAAGUUACUAAAUUGGUCCAAAAUGAAGUUGUAAUUUGCAACUGAUGAGACUUGUUUACCCUUCAAGUAGUGUACAUCUAAAGGUAUCUGACACUUUACCAAAUGUAUAUUUUGUAUGUUUGCGGUGUCCAUAACAUGCGCUGAAGAUUUUGCUUAGUCUAUUUCCUCUUUCUGAAGAAAUAUACAAAGCAGCCAGUGCAAUCUAAAUCAACAGUCUGCAGCACAAUGUAACAACCAUCCAGGAAGUUAUUCAAAUAAUAGAGAAAAUGCCUGAAGAAUUGUUGUACUUCCCUGUCUGUUGUUUGCAACAUCAUCUAGUCUUAUUCAGUAUGGUUAACUUAAACAGUUGUCUGUAAACUUUAAUAGUAUAGAAGUGAAAAUUGUGUAUAUUAAGAAUUCAAAUGUUAAGAUUAGUUUUUCAGUAAAUGAAUGUGUUUUGCCUUGCCUCUGAGGGUUGUCUCCUGAUGUUGAUAUUCAAAGGCAACUUUUAGGAGCCCUCCCGAGUCCCUAUACAGUUACUUGGUCUAUUGGAAACUGUGACAUCAACACAGCUGUAUUUCAAGUCUGUAAUGAUGCCUUUGUUAUAAGCAUUUGUAAUGCACUUUGACUAAGCAUAGAAAGCUGAAAUGUUAUCAUUUGCCCUGUUUUGUUUGUACAUCAUUUGUGUUUCAAUUUAAAUAUUGGGGUAAUGUAGUAUCCUACCUGCUGUCAUCUCAGGUGACGUAAAGCAGGAAUAGUAAUUACAUUUAAGCAAUGGAGUGUGAAUAUUGAUGUUAUUUCACCAACCUUCAUAACCAUUUCUCUGCUAUGGUACGAAAGAUUUGCCAAUCAUUCAUUUAGAUUUCACAAUUCUUGUAUUGGCAUUGAGGUUCAGUUUGUGAAAUUGACAUGUGGAUAUGGCAUUGAACAAUAUGGAGUAAAUUUGUUUUGUCAGGUUUUAGUGACCCAAUGACAACCUAUCUUUUUGUUAACUGAAGUUCAGUUUUUCAAUAAUCAGUGCUAGGACAGUGCACCCGGUGGUAUUGGACCUGUAAUGAUAUGAAUUACCUUCAUGAUACUGAGGAAACUGAAGUGCCAUAACUUCCGUACCAGUAUUAUUCUCAUAUUGGUUUUCAAGAACACCAUGUCGUUCAAUUAGGAUUUUUCUGCAAUUUAAUCAUCUAAUUGAAUCAUUCUACUUUUGAUUUCUGCUUGUUCCAGGUGCACAUUUUACCAUGUCUUCUCAAUUCAGUUCUCAAUUCAGUGUUUUUGUAGAACAAAUUCAGACGUCUGUUCUUAGUUGGCAUUUGCAAAUAUAUAAUGAUUUGUUUGUGUAUUUGAAUAUUUGCCUUUCAGCCUUAAAGUAAACUCUCCUCUGUCCUCAUUUGCUUAUUUGCUCUAAAAAAUGUAUGACUGUAUAAUUUCAAUUUAAUUAUACGAUUGUAUUAUUCACUCCAUGCCCUGUGUUGUUUUAUGGUCAUUCAAAGGUUCACUGCAUUUUGGUUUUAAAAACAGGAUAUACAGUAACAGCACUAUGAAACCUGAAUUCAUUGUCUAAAUUCAUUUACAAUCAUUCAUUUUAUUUUCCUUAUCUUCAAUGCCAAACUAUCCGGCCAAUAAUGUUUUCAUUCAGUUCAAUGCUUCUGUAGUCAAUACUGGUUUUAACCUUAAAUGGAGGAAAUAUUACAGUAAUCUGCUGUAUAUAAAUGCUUUGUUUAUAUUAAACGAUUGCUACCCUU